GGUGUCCAAAAUCUUUACGAUCGUAUGGAGCGAAUGUAUCGCCUAGGGCCUGAAUUUAUUGAUGUUACAUGGAACGCUGGUGGUACUUCUUCACAACUUACAACUGAAAUCGUAGCUACUGCACAGUCUGUAUACGGCUUAGAAACGGAUGCAAAAGAAUGUGGCUGUCAAAAUAUUCUUGCUCUAAGAGGUGAUCCACCACGCGGCCAAGAACAAUGGGAAGCAUGUGAAAAUGGAUUUACUCAUGCUAUCGAUUUAGUUCGUUACAUCCGUCAACAAUAUGGUGAUUAUUUUGGUAUUGCAGUUGCUGGAUAUUGUGAAGGUCAUGUUGAUAAUCCAGAUAAAGAGGAUGAUCUACGUCAUCUCAAAGAAAAAGUUGAUGCCGGUGCAGAUUUCAUUAUCACCCAAGUAUUCUAUGAUGUUGAUUUAUUCUUGGAAUGGGUCAAACAAUGUCGUGCUAUUGGCAUUUCUUGCCCUAUUCUUCCUGGACUUUUGCCUAUUCAGAAUUAUGCUGGCUUUAAUAGAAUUAUAGUUCUUUCGAAAACAAUUGUUCCGCAAUUUGUAUUGGAAGAAUUGGAACCAAUUAAGGACGAUGAUGCAGCAGUUAAAGAAUAUGGUAUAAGAUUGGCGGUUGAUAUGAUCAGAAAAAUGUUUGAACAUGGUAUAAAAGGCUAUCAUUUUUAUACCAUGAAUCUUGAGAGAUCAACUCGAUUAAUUUUAGAAGCUCUAAAGUUCGUGCCUCCUGUAGAAAAAGUGAAGCCAUUACCUUGGUGCCCAUCUCUCUCGGCCAAACGUAAAAAAGAGAAUGUUCGUCCUAUUUUCUGGAGAAAUCGCACGAAAAGUUAUAUUGCGCGAACUGAAGCAUGGGACGAAUUUCCAAACGGAAGAUGGGGUGAUUCUCGAUCACCAGCUUUUGGUGAGCUUGACGGUUAUGGAGUUUCACUUAAACACAGUCCAAAAGAAGCUUUGAAAGUAUGGGGUUAUCCUCAGAAAUUUAGUGAUAUUUCUGAUAUAUUUGUUCGAUUUUGCCGUGGUGAUGUAAAUUCUCUACCAUGGUCUGAUUUAGGUCUUGCAGAAGAAUCUAAUAUCAUUAGAGAACAAUUGGCACAAAUAAAUUCUUUGGGGUAUUUUACUAUUAAUUCACAACCUGCUGUUAACGGAGUACGCAGCGAUCAUAAGGUUUUUGGUUGGGGUCCAAAGAAUGGAUAUGUUUAUCAAAAGGCAUAUUUAGAAGUUUUUGUUUCUCCUACACGACUUGAUGAUCUCAUUGCAAGAAUUGAACGCGACCCCAAUAUAACUUAUUAUGCCGUAAAUAAACAGGGAGACUUAAAAACAAACACUCAGAGUGAUGGCCCUAAUGCCGUUACUUGGGGAGUUUUCCCUGGAAAAGAAAUAAUUCAACCGACAGUCGUCGAAGCAGUGAGCUUUAUGGCUUGGAAGGAUGAAGCAUUCGAAUUAUGGAAUGAAUGGGCCAAAAUUUAUGAUGCGGAAUCCAUUUCUGCUAGAUUGAUUACGAAAAUAGCAGAAGAAUGGUAUCUUAUUAAUAUAGUACAUAACGAUUUUCAUGAUAAUGAUGGUAUAUUCAAAAUUUUUGAACAAAGUGCUACGGACUAUGUUGAGGCUGAUCGUUAA